CAUUUCUCCGCGAUGCUUCCCACCCAAGGUAUCUUGAUUUCGUCAAUUUCAAUUUCCUAUUCAAUUCCCUACUGGGCCGCGAGCCGGCUGAUCGAGUUCUUCGUCAUGACAGACCUAGAAACUCUCAGGUGAGCAAGUUGGACUCCAGCGGGCGUGCAGGUAAUGCAGGGCGGUGGGCGGAUGCGCCCCACUAUGAGCUGUCGAAUUAUUCAGCCAACCUAUCUACCGCAUUCCUUUCGAAGCUUCGAGGGGCUUACACAUCGAUGAAGAUUACAUAUCGAUAGUAUCUCCGAUUUAGAGCUAUGUACUUUGUACGGAGGUAAGUGGUAACCCAGCCUCACAUAUCAUAAGGUUUGCGUCAUCUUUCUCUUGAUCAUAUAAGUACCGGCUCUCCCUUCCCGCCAAACCAAGCCAAGCCAAGCCAAUUCCAAUAAUUCACAUUGGACAUAUUUACCCCUCAUCAUCACAAUGUCUGUCCCAAAGACUACCAAAGCCUGGACCAUCCACGGCCAGAAUGACUUUGACAGCUUGAAGUUCAACAGUGCAUUCCCUGUCCCUGAAAUCUCUGAUUAUGAAGUUCUGGUCAAGUUCCACGCCGCCUCUUUGAACUACAGGGAUCUGAUUAUCCCCAAAGGCAAAUACCCAUUCGCGCAACGAGAUGGCGUAGUGCCUGGAUCCGACGGAGCCGGAGAAGUUGUCGCUGUUGGCAAGAAGGUUACCAGAUUCAAGGUUGGAGCAAAGGUCUUGACUCUCUUCAACCAAAACCAUUACGGAGGCUCUCUCAACAGCCAAAGCGUUAAAUCUGGUCUCGGCGGAGUCAUCGAUGGAACACUCAGACAAUACGGUGCAUUCAACGAAAACGGAUUGGUCGAUAUGCCGCCCUCUCUGACCUAUCUCGAAGGUGCGACCCUGACUUGCGCCGGGCUUACGGCAUGGAACGCAUUAUAUGGUUUGAAGCAACUUAAGCCUGGGGAUGUGAUUCUCACGCAAGGAACUGGGGGUGUCAGCAUUUUUGCCCUGCAAUUCGCAAAGGCUGCCGGUGCCACCGUCAUCUCGACUACUAGUUCCGCGAAGAAGGCCGCGAUCCUGAAGAAAUUGGGUGCGGACCAUGUCAUCAACUACAAGGAAACCCCCAACUGGGGUGAGAAGGCUCGGGAGUUGACACCUAACGGUGAGGGCGUUGAUAACAUUAUCGAGGUUGGAGGACCAGGAACCUUGCGCCAAUCAUUGAAGGCUAUCAAGAUUGAUGGGCUUAUCUCGAUUAUUGGAUUCCUUGCCUCGGAAGGUGAGGAGCAGCCCAGCUUCUUGGAGGCGCUGGCCCAUAUUUGCAACGUGAGGGGUAUCCUAGUUGGUAGCCGGGACCAGUUCGAGGACAUGAACAGAGCCAUUGAGGCCAACAAGAUCCAGCCUGUGGUGGACGAGAAGGUCUUCACCCUCGAGCAAGCUAAGGAGGCCUAUCAGCACAUGUGGGAUCAGAAGCACUUUGGAAAGCUCGCUAUCAAGAUUGAUUAA